CAACGUCUCUGAAGACAUGUCCCUGCAAGGGACGAGUGGUGACAAUGCAGGUUUCGUGGAAGAGCAGGAGGCAGAGGAGGGGGAGGCGGGAGAGGAGGGAGAGGAGGGAGAGGAGGGAGAGGAGGGAGAGGAGGAGGAGGAGGGGGGUGAAGCGCCAGAGCCAGGAGAGGAGGAUCCGUACCCAGAGACUAAGAAGUGCAGUGGCGCAGCAGCAGAAGCUGAGAAGCUGACAGAGCAUGAGAGCACUGCGAGGCAUGCCUGGGGGGUGCUAGAUUACAUCAAGCACCCCCCAGGAGGACCAGUAGAUGAGGAGGAGGAGGGCUGUGAUUUUAGUACUAUGGAGACCCAUGAGGAUUUCUAAGAGACUACUCUUGUCCUAUCUGCAUUGAUGACUGAAUGCAUAGAAUUUUGCCAUACUA